AUGCAGCAUAUUGGCAUCCGUGAUAAUGUAGCCGUGAAUGUUCAUCAACAGCCGCAUUUGAUCAAUAAUGCCGAGCAAAACCAUUUCGUCAAUGUGAAGUACAAGUGGAAUACCAAUCAAGUGAGUAAAGUUGAUUCAGAAAAAAAAUUUUUCUCGUUUCCAUUUGAGUAUUCAAUUUCGACUAAGCGCGUUUUAUAGCUCACGGCUGAACUUUCAAUGAAACUUCUGAUUUCAGGACAAGAAAGUUUUAUUGCAAUAUACUUUUCACGGUUUAUGAAGCUUCAAAUUUUGCGAAAAUACGCAAAUUAUGACAUAAAAGCGCUAUUAAAAGUUUUUGGAUCGUCUUUAAAUUGUAUACCAAAUCUAUUUGGAAAGUUUUUCUUUGUGUUCAGGAAUCAGGAGGUCCUAAAGUACAUUUCCGAAAAGUUCUACCGGGGCACUAGGGUACAUUUUCUAAAUAUUUUAAAAUUUGAAAUAUAUCAAGCGAAAAAGUGCUUUUUCCGAUUCAUAGUUGGUUAUUUUUUUCAAUUUUUUUCAAUUAGCUGUCUGUUUUAACAAACUAGCCAUUUUCAGGAGAUUGCCGAUGUUUUGUAUGCCGCAGCGACUCAUCCACAAUGGGUUUCCACCCAUCAAGUUCAAUUGGCGGCCACUGGGUAUUUCCGAGUUACUGUUUCAAUUCAAUAACUUCGAAAGUUGUUUCAGGACCCAAAUACUACUGUCUCGAUUCGACGGCUCUUGGUUCAAAAACGACGGGUUCCUUUGGAGGCGAAGGAAAGAAGGGAAAUUGAUCCGGGAGGAUCACAUGAAGUUGAAGGUUUUUAUUUUUCCUUUUUUUCAUGUUUCACGUUUUUUUCUUUUUUCACGUUUAAUGCGUGAUUUCGGACGAUCACUUUUUUUACUUUUGCUCUAAAAAAACUGCAAAACAGACAGCAAAAGCAAAGGUCUCGAAGCGAGUUUGGUGCCAAAUUGGUAUACGGUCUUUUUAACUAAUAAAAAACGUGAGAAGCUGGUUCUUCUAAUCGAUAAUUUACAGGUUAAUAAGCAAGAAGUUAUCUCGGCGAAUUAUGCACAUUCGGCGGUGGUUCCGACGUUCCAUCGCAGGGUCUAUUGGUUGACUCAUGUCAGUUUUUUUCAUUUGAUUUAGUGAUAGUCUUUUCGCUGAUUUAAAAGGACCUCCUCUAAACAAAUAAUAAAAAUAAGCUUCAUCAUUAUUUCCUUCUGGAAAGUUCUCGUCAAAAAUUGGUUCAUUGCUAUAAUUUUCACGUUAUUUUCUAGGUUUUUCGUAAUUAUUUAAUCACGUACGACAACCGACAUAAUCAGAAAAACGAAGACAACCUGUGUUUGGACAUUUUGGCGGAUAUUUUUCUUGGAAAAAAAGAGAUUCCGAGAAACUUUUGACACCUUCUGAGGGACUGAAAAAGGAGCUUUAGGCUCUUUUGUUUAGGGCCUUUUUAAGGUUGUUUGAACUUUUCAUGUGCAUAAACACUGGUUGAACUUUUGAUGAAACUUUGCUGAAGUAUAUUUUUGGAACUCCCGAUUGCAGAACAAGAAAAAAUUCUCACAAUCUCGUUUCUGAGUUAGGACGCUUUAAAAGCUUGAAAUAGCGUUUUUUUUUGUCAUAAUUUUCGUAUUUUGCAAACUUUAAAGCUUCAUAAACCGUAAAAAGUAUAUUGCAAAAAAUGGUCUUGUCCUGGAAGAAGUUUCAUCGAAAGUUCAGCCGGGAGCUAUGAAACGCUCCCUAGUCGAAAUGGAAUACUCAAACUCAACUUUUCAGGAAAGUUGAGUUCCAUACAAAGAGGUCAUGAACAAAGUAUUUUUAUCGGAAGCGUAUUUCAAUUGUUUUGCAGAGUCCGAACUACGUGCUGGUGCACUACCUGAACACCAGCGGCGAGUGCAGCGUGAGAAAAACGGCGGAGGCGGUCGCCGAGUGCCUCAAGGCCAACUCCCUCCAGCUUUCCCAUCAACAGCUUCUCGAACAGCUUGCCCCCAUCUGUCCGUGUUUAUUUUAUUCCUCCCCUUUUUCUCCCCUCCUCAUUGUUUUAUAUUGCUCGAUUGAGUUUAUGGUUUCAGACGCCAAUCGCUUCAAAUCCGACGAAAUUCCCGUCCUCGUUGGAGCCGCCCUCGACGCUCUUCAGAUGCUCAACGCCGAGAGCAGCCAGAGCAAUGAGGUACUUUUCGAGUCAUAAAAAGGCGGAUAAUUAGUUUAAUUGGGUCUUUCUCCACAGUAUAAACUUCAAAGAAAAAAAUUCGAAAAAUUUUUCGAAAAUUCUUAAAAUUUUUUUCAUGAUGGGCGGUGAAAGAACACAGGAAUUCCUUUCUAUUUAGAAAACUGGACUUUGCUAUUUAGAUUUAAACAAUUCAUAUUUUUUUAAUCAUUUAUAUUGAAAAAAAUCUAAUUAAUUCACCAUUUUUUUAAAAAAAAAUUUUUCACGAAAUUGCCUCGACAGGGUCCGAGAAAGAGUGUUCGAAGAGAAGAGAAUUUGGUUUCCUACAGUUUCUUGAGCUUUUUUUAAAAAGGAAGAUUUUUUUCUGAGAACGAGACUGUGCUAGUUAGAUUUUUAAUAUUUUUUUGAUUAUUUUUCGUUUUUAAUGAAAGAAAAUCAAACGUUAAAGGCAAGCUUGUGCGUCAGGCCAGGCGGCCCGGCCCGGGCUUCAAAAAAAUUUAAAAAUUUAAUUUGAUAAAUUUUUCACCGAAAUGUGACUUUUACUUCUGAAGUCAUAGUUUUUUUGUUAAACUUUAAGUGAAAAAAAUGAGCAAAAAAACAUAAUUUUUUUGUCGUAAAAAAACUUGGUAUCCGACUAGAAAAAAAGUUGCGCGCUUCGGGCCGGGCGGGCCAUUCUUUCUAGAGGCCCCUCUAAGGCCGGGCCGGGCUUACGAAAUGGUCGGGGGGCCGGGAGGGUGACGGGCCGGCCCUCGCACAAGCCUGAUUAAAGGGUAACGGUUAAAUAUGAACUUUUGCGAUAGCUCUCAAGGUAAUUUUGUUAAAUUUUUCGAAAAAAAGAUUAGUAUUAAAAUCAGCCUUUUCAAGCAACUCUGAAACCCGUUUUGGUCACAUUAAAAAAGAAUAAUUGGGUUUUAAAUUAUAAGGACAGUAAAAGUGUCAAAAAGUUUGAGCUGCGGGGAAAAAACCUCCGAAUAGAGCUCGAACUUGUAACCGCCAGAGGGGAUUCUCUACAGAAUCAUGGAAUAAAUGAAGAGUUAUUUGUCGGUUCACAAAACUAUCGUUGAUCAAGAACAGCAUCACGUCUUUUUUGUGAAAGUAGUAGACGAGUUUUGAGCGUUCCGAAGGCCAGCUGCUUCCAUGUAGGAAGAGUGCGGCGCCCAGCUUGUUCAGGGAUGGCGGGGGUCGAUAAAAUCUCUGGCGAGAGCAAAAAUGAAGGCCGACCACUCGCGAGGUAGAAACGAUAAAUAUCCGAAUUUCUGCUUGAAUUAUUUAUUCACUUAUGUUUCUUAAUUUGUUCUUAUUCUCGAUUCCAGACGUCGCACCAGUUCCAACUGGAGCGCCGCAACUCGUGCAGCUCGGCGUUCCGUCGCGGCCUCUCUUCGAUGGCCCUCCGCCGGCAGCCGUCGGCCAACAGCGAGAUCGACGCCAACUACAUCGGCUCGGUCAUGAAGAGCUACUGCAUGAGUGACCGCUUUGCGCCCUGUCUCAACGGCCCCUCGACCUCCUCCUUCGCCCAGAACUACCCCUCGGAGAUGGAAAGCCGCUCUCCCUCGGGCGACACCGAGAUGCGCAGCAGCAAUCCCGAUGAAGGGGUUUUAUUUGGAUCUGAUUUAUAUUUUAUUCUUAAUCUGUGGCAGUGUAAGAAGAGGAUUAUAUUUCUGAGUUUAUCAAUAAAUUCCACUUUUUUACGAAAAUAUCUCUUGCACUGUCAAACUAUGAAAAAAUCACCUUUUCUUUCAAGUCUAAAUCUCAUUUUUCAUUCUCUUUUUGGUAUUUUUAGAUCAAGUUAAAAUAAGAGCUUACAUCAAAUAAGGGCUAGGAAUUAGGGCUGAACUGGAUUUCGUAAGGCAGAUUUUUGUUACAGUAGGAAAUUUUCUGAAGAAAAAGUUAUCAGAAAACAGAAAAUGAAAAAAGCUGUAAAACAUGACUUUCAUCAUUUUUAAAUUCAUGAAAAUCGUCAAGACCGUAAAAAAGUUCUAUGAAAGCUUAGUACCUCAGAAAUUGCUGUCAAUUUCAUGAAGGCUUUAGGAUUAUUUCGCCCUGACGAAUAACUUUUCAAAUAAAGUUUUAAAUGCUAAUUCUCAACCAAACCUUCCAGUCGAUCUGCAAUCAACAGUCGUCCAUGGGCGGCGUCUCCUCUGCCUCGGCCCUGCAGGACUCGAAAGUCGUCGUCCUGAACAACUCGCGGAGUGUCGUCCAACAACAACCGCUAGCAGUUCAGCGCGCUUCUCCCAACGCUUUAACGCCCAUCGUGGACUUUGCCCCAGCUACUUGCUCUGUUAAGGUUUCCAAUUGAACAAGAAAUCGUAGAAAAUUGUUUUUUUAAUAUUAAAAAAAAGCUUCUCAAAAAGAAAAAGCAAAACUAUAAGAUAAUUCGAUUCGGGAAAACUUUUUGGAUGUUUCGAAACUUUUUUUGUUGUUUUUAAGUUUGAUUUUAAGUAGCAAGAGAUUAAAAAAAGUUCAAAUUUUUUUAACAUUUUAACAGAAAUUUUUUUGAACAAAAUUUUUUUCUUGAAGGCUAACCUUCUCAAAGCUUUUUGGCUCAUUUUUGUUUUCAAGCUAAUUUUUUUAGAAGCUGAGUUUUUUCCUGAUCAUUUUUCGUAUAUUUUUUGACGGAACUGUAUAAGGACAAGAACACGGAUUAUCCUAUUUUUUCUGACCUUUCAUAAUUUUUUCCUAGGGAGGCGCCAAGAUUUUGGUGAUUGGUGCGUGGUACAUGCGAGGUCACGAAUAUUCUUUGGCAUUUGGAAGGACGAAAAUCGUCUCGGCGAAACUGAUCCAGGCCGGGGUUCUCAGUGCCGUUGUUCCACCUGGUCAGUUUCAGGAAAUUUGAAGCCUUUUUUGAUUCAUAUCAUGUUAUUUUUCCUAUUUUUUGUUCAAAAUUUUAUUUCCAGCAAACCAGGCGAGCUCUGUUCAAGUGCAGGUGUUCUGCAACGGUCAGGCGAGUUUUUCUUUUAUUAAUUAGAUUUUCAAGGAAUAUUUCAUGGUUUUAGAAAUUGGAAAACUAGGGUUUGUUUGAAAACUUCCUAAUUUUUAGAAUGAAAUCGGUUUUUUUAAAAAUGUUUUCGCAAGUUACAAGUGCCACGGAAGUUUACCUCAUGACAUCUAUUUUUUUAGGCAAAUAUUACAAGUUUUUAUAUAAAUUGUAGACUUGUUUGAAUAUCCAUUGAGAAAUUUGAAGGAUAUCUAUUUUUCUAUAAAAUAAAUCAAAAUAUAAAAGAUGACCGAAAAAAAUUGAUUUUAGAAACUACAGAGAGUAUUAGAAAUAAAAUAGGUGGUAUGAAAAAAACACCGGCGAAAAAUUCAAACGGCGACUUUUUUUCCGAUUUUUUUCAUAUCGCUAGGGAACUUUCCGACGGCCACCUUUCCGACGAAACUUUUUUUCCGACUUUUUAUUUCUCGAUAAACUCUUCGUUUUACAUCUUCCUAUAUAAAGUAGGUAGUUUGUUCAUAAUUAAAACACAAAGAAAUAGGAAAAAAAUGUUCAUAGAUGUUUUCUAAACCGAAAAGCAUAAGGGAAAAAAGUCGGAAAAAGUUUCGUCGGAAAGGUGGCCGUCGGAAAGUUCCCUAGCGAUAUGAAAAAAUCGGAAAAGUCGCCGUUUGAAUUUUCGCUGGUGUUUUUUUCAUACCACCAUAAAAUAAACUUUUUCACUUGUUUUUCCACGUUUUUUUCACGUUCGGAAUUCAAUUUCCCUACUUAUGAAUCUUUUUCAGGCAGUCUCAAAAGAAGUCGACUUUUCCUACACGGCCGAUGAGAGCGAUAACGCGUUGACGCAGAGUCUUUUGGACAGAAUCCAUCUUUUGGCGUGCUUUUUUGACCGUUCCGAUUCCUUAACGGUUGGUUUUUGUUUAAAAAUCGAAAGAAAAAGGCUUUUUCAGAUCCCCUCGUCGUGCAACUACAACGAGGACUGGUUCGUGCAGAUCGUGGGACAGCUGAGCUCGAAUCUGAAAGAAAUGAACCAUCUUGGAAACAGCCAGAGAUUCCCAUCCCGGACCGUUCUUCACAUCGCCGCCGAGCUCAACUUCCCUACCCUCACCGAAAGACUUCUCUGUCUUGGGUACCUUUUUCAAAUCGAAUCAUAGGCCCUAUGCAAGAAGCAUUGGUAAAUGACCUAAUAUCGAAAAAUUCCUUUGAAAGUAAACCCUGUAGGAAAGGCUCUUCUAGAAGAUUGUGUACAUGGAGAAUCUUAAUUUGACUUCUGAAGAGCAAUUUUGAGCAGUUACCAUAUUUUGAGUCUUAUAUGGUUUCAGAAUGUUUUAUUUCUUUUAAAAAGAGCCGCAUUAACGAAAGGAAAUAUUUGACACACUCCGAGAAAAUCGAAGACUUGCCAAAACAGGCACUGAAAAUUCAUGUUGCUUUUUUCAAGUUCAUACUUUUAUCGCAACAACGACAUAGGCUUCUGAAACUUUUUGUAGAGAUUUUGACAAGCUCCGCCCCCUUUGAAGAUUGAUGUAGUCGAAAUACGAAAAAAAAUUGAAUUUUUCUCCGUGGUCUAAUUCGAAAGAAACAUCUUUUAAACGAAAACCAGGGAUAAAAUAAACAUGUUUUGUACACUCACUGUAUUUUUGAUGUUAUACGCAGGUUAUUUAGUCCCAACAAGCUAUCUUCAAACCAUUUUUCAAGUUUAGAUCUGAAAAUCUUCGAAUUUAUGUGAUUUCAAGAAAACUUUUCGCUUUUUUUGUUUAUGCCGGGAAAGGAACUCUAUUUUGAGACCAUUUCAGUUCUACUUUUACGAAAGACCUUGUGUAUAUUUUAAAUUUAUCCCUAUUUGAAAGGCGGUACUUUAACAAGGGUGGCUCGCUGCUUUCCAAACUGGAGAUCGAACGCAAUCGUUAAAAUGUGAAAAAAAAGAGCUUUCAUACUUUUUUCAUUCAAUCUGAGUUCCUUGAAUAAUUUCUUCAUUAAAGCCGAAGAGUAGCCGGCUGCCGAGAACUCGAUCCGCUGGCCAGAGACAUCGACGGAGCGACGCCUCUUCAUGUCGCGGUUCGAUGUGGCGCCGGCGAUGUCGCUCGGUAAAUAAUCGUUCAUUUGUCACUAUGAACUCCAUUCUCACGUGAGCGAGUAAAAUGAAGGUUACCAAUAGAUCUUUCUUCAAGUUUUCUUUUUUCUUGAUCUUUAAAACAAAAUCUGAAGCAUCAAAGUUUCUGUUUAGAUUUUCGUUACGAAGUAUCAAAAAAGAAAGUCGUUUUUUAAGCCCUGUUGACUUGGUGAUUUUCAGAACUUUGCUCCGAUUUUGCCCUGCAGCGGUGGACGUCCUGGACGAUCGUGGCAGGACUCCCUGCGAACUGGGCGGCGACGCGAAGAAUCUUGAGCUGAGGAACGACCAGAAGGCCCAGCUACCCAAAAGUAUCAUUUCAAAGAUUUAAUCGAACAAAUCAGUCGGUUUUUCCAGACCUGGAAGACCUGGGAGCCCAUGUCAAUGCGACAGAACUUUGGGUGAUGACCAACGGAGAAACGGUGACGCGAGAACAUUUGCUGCUCAAGCAGAGGUCUUCGGUUGCCAAUUCCCAGUCUCAAAUUGUCAGGAACGCGGUAAAUAGUCGAUUUUUCCAAGCAGGAGAAGAAAAAAGAGACUGAUAGUAGGUGUUUUUUGAGAAAGAGCAAAAAAUCCAUAACGUCUCACUAACUGUUCUAAAUUGAGUUGUAUUAAAGAUCGAAAAUAAAUAGAAGUUUUAAAAUUAUGCCUAAACUUGACGCAUUUUAUAGAAGCUUUUACGAUUUUUUUCUUCGGGUUUAUUGAUUUUGAGACGUUUAAACUUGGUUGGACAGCUUUAAAUUUUUUUUUGAUGAUUCAACGCGCUUUGUAGCCCGUGAAGUUUCGAUGAAUCUUUCCUAAAUUAAUGCAAAGACAGAAUUCUUCAAUAUCAAAAGCUGAUUCUGAUUUUCAGACGUCGAGCUGUUCGAUGGCUUCUGACGGCAUGACGGAGCAGGUGAACGACUCGCCAAUGUCGAAGGUAUUCAAAAAUUGACUCCUUUUAAUAUUUGAAAAAUUCAAGGGUCGAGAAGCUGACGAGGAAGAUGGCGGUGAACAGCAACAGUUGCACGUCGAGAUCUCGAUGGACACCGAUGUUCAUGUCCCCGAUUCGCCGAAAAUGGCUCGGCUUUUCAAAGUGGUCACUAGGUGGGCACUAGAGUUCUCAAAAGUAAAUGUUUGAACGAACGUUCAACCAAACAUUUUUCCGAACGUUUGAUGAAUUCGACCAAUUAGUUAAAUUUCACAUGAACUGUUUGUUAAAAAAACCUCAUUUUGGUUAAAUUUCAUAACUGAGCAUUUAAAAAAAUGAACAAUUAUUUAUUUUUUUCGAAAAAAAUUUUGUUCAAAAAAAUUAACAUUUAAAUUUCAUUUUUGAAAAAUUUUUGGUCAAAAAAAGUAAACAUUUAAGAUUCAUUUUGAAAAUUUUUGGUCAAAAAAAGUAAACAUUUAAGAUUCAUUUUGAAAAAUUUUGGUCAAAAAAAGUAAACAUUUAAAAUUCAUUUUUGAAAAAUUUUUGGUCAAAAAAAGUAAACAUUUAAAGAUUCAUUUUGAAAAUUUUGGUCAAAAAAAGUAAACAUUUAAGAUUCAUUUUGAAAAUUUUUGGUCAAAAAAAAGUAAACAUUUAAAAUUCAUUUUAAAAAAAUUUUUGGUCAAAAUAGUGACCAUUCAAAUUUCACUUUGAAAUUUUUUUAAAAAAAGGUAAACAUUUAUUCAUUAAUGUAUUCAUUACAAUUACGGCACUUGGCAGUAUCUGUGCCGGAGUCAAUUCUGUCUCAGUCUACUCCAAAUGAAAUCAUGAAUCGAUUACUUCGAAAUUCAAACUAAUUUCUGGUUAAAAUUAAUAAAUCUCUUGGAAAACAGUGAUUUGGAUGGUCAAGGGCAAUGCUAAAAAGCCGGUUAAGGACGGGAAAAAAAUUAUAUGGAACCGGCCAAAAAAAUGAGCAGACCGGAAGAAAGGUGCUAUCUGGAGAAUUAAUUGAACGAGGAAAAAAAGGAAAAAGUAUUGAUUUGGAUUUUGGUUCGGAAAAAUCCAGGUUCGGAAAAACUAUCGGCCAAAAAAAUGAACUUUUAAUUUUCACAGUUGAAAAAAAAUUUUUUUGUACGAAAAAAAGUAAACAUUUAAAAAUUCUUGUUGAAAAUUUUGGUCAAAAAAAUGAACAUUUAAAUUUCACUUUUGAAAAAUUUUUGGUCAAAAAAAAGUGACCAUUUACUUUUUCACUUUGAAAAAAAUUUGGUCAUUAGGACGAACAUUUAUUUACUAGUCAGAAUAUGAUUGUUUAGAAAAUGACCAUUUAUUUUUUUCAGUCAUUAUUUGAAAAAGUCAUAAAAUGAAAAGAAUGAAAGUGAUCAAUUUUUGGUUGAUCUUUCAAAAACGACAUUCGUUUGAAAUGUCAAAAAGAAAAAUUUUUUUCGUUUUUUUGAAAAAAAUGUCAUUUUUCAAUUGGUCAUUUUGAGAACUCUAGUGGGCACUAAGUAGACUAUCUCAACAAGAGAUGAGUUAAUGAAUUCUGGAAGAAGGUUCUUUGAAGGAUUAGUUUCUGAGUUUCGCGUUAUAACGUUUUAUUGAAUAAAAACAAAAUAGGAUCUGAUUGACUUUACUUUUCACGGCCAUUUGCAGCCCCGGAGUGAUGGUGACAGACAAUGUGAGGGCGAAGAUGGCGAUCCUGGCGCAGCAAAUCAUCGACGCGCUGCCGGACCGCAUCAAGCAGCCGGACGGGUUCUCGCUGUGCGACGAGGAGUCGUCCCUCGGCACGGCCAGCGGCAGUUAUUCCCUCUCCACCAACAACAAUCCCAUGCUCGCCCAGCACCAUCUCAUCCACCACGGCGGCGACCUCUACGACAUGAUGCUCGAUUCGAAUGCGAUCCACUCGUCAGUUUCCUUGAGUUCUUGUUAUGCCCGUUCCGCGCCAGCUUGUCACGAACUUUGUUCCCCUCCGACUUACAGAACUUUUCUAUUAGAUGUAUGCGCUUUUAAGGCCAAAUUAAAGGCGCAUGCACACAAUCUGGCCGCGCGCUUUCGAUAGAAAUCUUCCCUGAAGGGUUCCUCAGCUCGGAGGAAAAUAAAAAUCGUGAAAAGUUGGCGCGGAAUGGGCUAUAGAAAAACACGCUUCUCUCAGUGUAAACGCCUAGUUUUGCCUCACAGAGUUAGCAUGUAUUCUUUUCGAAAAUUCGUGAUGCUUGGUUUAAAUUCGCCAGUUUUUCCGAAUAGUUUUUCUUUCGAAGAAAAGUAACUUUUUUUGUGUAGUUUUGGUCCAAAGAGUUUGCUCUGUAUUUUCUCAAAAUGUCUUUUUCUCUGUAAACGAUAUGCAGAUUCGACACGUGCGGUCGCGAAGCGGUUACAAAUUAGAGUUGAUUACGGGCAUUUCGUUUAGCUUUUUCCUAUAAAAAACAGAAAAUUCAAAAGUCUACCGAUUAUUUUUUGUGCACUUCGCUUUGCUACCAUUUAAAAGAUUAUAUAGUCUGUCUUAAAAAAACGUGACAAAUUGGCGUGAAAUACUCUCGCUUUUUUCGUUAAGCAUGAGCCACACAUUUUGAAUUGCUAGAGUUCUUUACUGAACUUUUCAAAAAAAAAUUGAAGAAAUUUGAUCCGCAAGACGACUUCAAGGUCACAAAAGAAAUUUUCAUAUUUUGCAACUUUGAAGAAAUUUCAUGAAUUCAUUCAGAAUAAGAGCCGAAACAUCAGCGGACAGUCGCCAAAGUUCCAUGACCGGAUCUAACAUGUUCUCCUCACAGGUCUGUAAAGAAGGUCUCAACCCAAUUAUUGAUCAUUUAAUUUCAGGAAGACCAUUCAUUCCCGUCUUCGUCAACGAAAACCGCCGUGUCGGACAGCGAGAGCGUCGACUUCGACAAAGACCUUGGCGAGUUCUUCGCCAUCGACGUCGACUCAUCCGUUGAUCCUAUUCAGCAACGCCUCGGCGACUUGAAGCUCUCAGGUAUGGUUUGGAGAAUAACUAUGAUUCCUGGGGUUUGAAGUUUAUCGAAUUUCUAGCGGUUUUACUCUUUUAGAAAUUCUGGUGGCAUUUAGAAUGGUGUUAUGAGAUUGAGGAACUCUAAAUAUUUUGCUUUAAGAGUCAUGGGAUCUAGGACUCACUUAGCUUGCUCCUCUGGUCGUCUUUAGAACGGUUUAUAGCGUUGAGGUUGUUUCAUAAGGCUGUAAAUCUGGAAAUCCUCUGUUUCAAGGUUCAUCCAACUUGUUUCUUUCCUAUACCGACCCGCGGAAGUCGUUUACUGGUCUGGGACACUUCUAAUUAUGACCGCUCCGCAGUGUUGAGCCAUUCCCAGUACGGUUCAAGUCUGAACUAAGAGGCUGUAGGGACUCCCUAGAACAAUUCUUGUACUUAGCAUUGAAUAAUUCAAAUAUUUACGAUAGUAGUACGGUAGAGCAGUUUUUACCCCAUAAGGAAAUUACAAGUUAAACUCUGGAAUUUUUUGAUAAAUAUCGGAAAUACUCUUUGAUGUGAGUAGAAUAAACUUUCUUGAUAGAUUAGUUUCUUGUUCUAAAAUUUCUUCAGAAGGCCGUCUAGCAUCUCCUCAAAAAAGUCUAUCGUAUCUGUUUUUUUCUGUUUGAUGGUGCUCUUCUCAAUUGAGAGGAGCAAAAAUAGCCGCGCGGGGGAUGUUUUGUGAUCCCCCCGAGCCGGUACGAGUCGCUUUUGCGUCACCGGGGCUGUUUUACAAGAGUUUUGAAGAUGCGAAGCAGUCCAAACAGUUCUCGAAAUCUGCGCGUUCUGGCUGAACUUUGGGCGCAGCAGCGUUCCCUGCAGGCUAUUUGCGUCAUUCGCCCACUAAUUGAGGGUCUUUUUUGUGUUUCGGUUCGAUGUUUGAUAGCACUGUGUGGACAUUGAUAAUGGCUAGGCUCCGUGUUUUUUUUCUUUUUCAUUUUUUUGGCGUUCAUUCAGACCGGCUUUUUGCAAAAGAAAACUUUCAAAAUAUAGCACAAAAUUUGGUCAAACACUGUUUCCCUUACUUAUAACGCCAUGAUCGUAGGUGAAAUAGGUUGCAGUUUACCGAAUUUGCCUGAACCUAAGGGCGCAAGUCGUUUUUGAUCGGACACGCCGUUAGCCUAUACCGAUGGCUUUCAAAAUACGAUUUGAAAAAGAUGAAAAGACAACUUUUUCAAGUGGAAUAUGCUUUUCCUGGUUCUGAAAAUAACGAUAUCGUAACCAACUUUUAAAAUUUCUGUUUCACAAAAGUAUGUAUUUCCAGUUUAAAAAAUUUCCGUUUAUGUUUUAUACAAGAAGAACUAAUAAUUUUGAACAUUUUCAAGAAAAUAUUUUUUCAAGAGCCACACAGAGCCGAAAUCACUUUUUCUAAAUUUGAUCGCUUUUUCUGAACAUUUUGCAACUAGACUAUACUUCGAUUCGAAGUUUCUUGAUCUACCAAAACCCUUGUAUUUGUUCCGGUAGAUCCACUCAAAAAGAGAAAAAGAAAGAAUGUAGUGAAAUGGGAUCCAGGCGGCGAUGUCAUUCAUCCUCCACCUACGACACAUUUUUUUUUUGCGUUGAAUGAGCCGAACUCUCACCUCGUUUGUAAGCGGUCUUUGAUUUCUCUCUGUUAUUCUCCCACAUUUCAUCUUAUCUCUUUCUCACCGAACAUCUGACAAUUUUCGGAAAUCGGACGUGGAAACUUGGUCGUUUGAUAGUGCAGUACAUCCUCUAGCUAGGCUUUUUUUUGCUUCUGUAAGAAUUUAGGGAUGAUUAAUUGAUUAUAUUAAUUGAUUAAGUCUCUGAAGAUUAAAAAUGGGUUCCUUUAUCAAUAUCACCUAGAAAAAAAUCUUUUUAAUUUUUAAGCUUUUUACCAGACUUUUUGAAAGAGAGUAAACUCAGAAAAUCGUGAAGUUGGUCUUCAUUCAAAAAGUUUAAAAGAUUUUUUUAUGGAAUUCUCAGAUUUUUCAACUUUUUUUCUUUUUUUGGAAAGAAAAAUGGACAGAAAUAUGUCAAUUUUUUUCAAUCUCGAAAUAACGUCUCAUGUUUUGCAAACUCAAUAAUCCAUUUAGAAGUUAAGAUUCCUGAAUUUGUAAAAAAAAACAUAAUCAAAAAUCUCAUGGGAAAUUGAGUAUCAGUGAGAAGAAGCUUAACACGGAAGCUUCCGUUUUCUGAUCAUCUCAUCAAAAUUGAAGAAGAAUGAAGAAAGCUAUGAACCUAAUCUUCAUAUUCUGAAAAGAAAAAUCUUUCAUGCUCCAAUAAUAACGACCUUUCCCAUUUCUCUCUUUCACUCUCUCUUUCUCACUCACUCAAGUUGAACGGUUCUCCGACUGCAAACACAAGGAAUGGGGAAGGAGAAGCUGCAAAAGUUGAAGUUCGGAAAAGAAGAGCUGUGAUGGGGUAUAUCGAGAGGCCGGCGAACUUGAGAUGAUGACGUCAAGCGAGCACCAAACGGAUGGAUUGUCACACUGUCUGGCCGGCCGCCUUCCUCUCUUUCUCUCUCAAACGCCUUGGCCUGCCUUUGGCCCAGGCAGGACGGACGUAGGUAA